AUUCCCUAUAAAUCCACAUUCCUGAUCUCUUCAUCAUCAUUCAUCACUCCUAAGCUCCCCCUCUCCUUAGAUCUUCUUCUAUCCAAUCACGAAUCUCCAAACUUCAAAUUUUGGUCCAGAAAAUAGAGUAGUUUCAUUAAAAUGGAGGAGAAUAAUAGUAGCAUGAGUUAUAUGGAACAAAAGCCAUUGAUACUCAAUGAGCUAACUCAAGCUAAAGAACUACUAAAGCAAUUAGAAUCUCAACUUGAUGCUGCUUCUACUACUCAUGGCAACUUGUUACUGCCUAAGAUUUUAUCAUCAUUUGAGAUCUCUCUUUCCAUGUUAAGUGCAAGCAACUCGGAAGGUGGUACUCAGUCGCAGAAAACCGGAUCGACCGAGUCUCCACGUUCGGUUAACGGAAGUCGGAAAAGGGAUUCCGGUUCUGAUCUACUCAUCGGAAAUCCCUCCAAAAAGAAGAAAACUAUACAGAGAUGGACUGAACAAGUGCGGGUAUGUGAACAGACGGGACUGGAAGGACACCUAGAUGAUGGGUAUGGUUGGAGGAAAUAUGGACAGAAGGAUAUUCUUGGAGCCACUUAUCCAAGAGGCUAUUACAGAUGUACUCAUAGAAAACCUCAAGGCUGUUUAGCAAUGAAACAAGUUCAACGAUCCGACGAAGACCCGUCGCUGUUUAGUGUCACGUAUCGCGGAAGACAUACUUGUAUUCAAGCUGUACAUUUACUACCAGGGCAAUCGCAAAACAGACCGGAACAAUACAAUCAUAAAGGGAUGAAAUCACAAGGAACACUUAUCAAUUUUCAAAAAAGUUGUCAUGAUAAAACAGAGGAAGUCAGUACACCACAAGUAGUAAUCAAUUCAUCUUCAUUUUCAUUUCCUUCGGCUUCAAUACCCAUUCCAAGUAUAGAGAAACAAAGUGACAACAACAACAACAAUUUCUCUUUGAUGACACCUGAUAAUCACUUCAUGGGUAGUUCUUUUACUUCAUCUCCAUCAACUUCAGUAUCAAAUUCAUCAAUUUCUCCUAACAGUUUUGGAGAAGGACAGAGUUUGCAGAAUUCAGAAUUUGAUCUUAGUGAAUUCACUUCAGCAUUCGACCCUACGGAUCUUUAUUUGGAUUUCGAUUUUCUUGAUUCUAUAUGUUCCAUUUGAUAUGUUGUAGUUACCAUUAAUUUUGAUUAAAUUAUGAAGUGCCAGGAAAAUAACUUUGAGCUUGAAA